GUUGCCUUGCAACGCCGCUUUUCCCAACAGUGCUGCCGCACGACUUUGUGACGCGUUGACUGUGUGCGCCCGCGGCCCAGCUGUAACCAUGAGUCGCCCCAGCCGGCUGCAGAGACAAGUUCUGAGCCUGUACCGCGAACUACUGCGCGCCGGGCGCGGGAAGCCGGGCGCCGAGGCGCGGGUGCGGGCCGAAUUCCGGCAGCACGCCAGCCUGCCACGCUCCGACGUACUGCGCAUUGAGUACCUGUACCGCCGCGGGCGCCGCCAGCUCCAGCUGCUCCGCUCCGGCCACGCCAAGGCCAUAGGCGCCUUCGUGCGUUUGGGGGAACCGAUCGAGGAGACCCGUGGCGCGGGAACCCCAGGGACUCCGCCUGACGUUGAUGACGGUCCAAGGAGACCGCUUGACAGCAUGGGGGCACCGGAGACCCCGUCCGAAGGACGGUGACUGGCAGAAGGGCUCGCCCGAUUGCCCAGGGGAACGAGGGGCCCGCCUGACUGCGUGGGGGGACCAGGGAACCCGCCUGAUGGAAGGUGAGCGGUCUUAAGAGACUAGAUCGACAGACUGGGGAUAGUGGAGAGCCUUCUUGAUGAUGAAGGGUCCGAUGGCGAGAGAUGCCCGACCUUGCCCGAUGUAUGGUAACGGGUCAAACUUCCCCAUGAAGGCUGGGGGCGGCCUGGGUCGCCGGCUGGCUGGACUCUCAAGCUGAGAGCUACUUACCCUCAGGCCUGGGGAGCCGGGACGCCCGGCUGUUGGACAGAAAGAAACUGACAUGCCCCUCUCUUGACUCCUGAGAACAUACCUACUCCUGGUUCCUCAAGGAAACUCCCUUCUCCUGUAUUUAACUCUGAAAAGAACAGACUUUUUGCUGAGGAGUUUGAAAAGAUGCCCUGAUGGAGGAUGAGAAGUCUGGAAUCCCCCUUAGAAAAACCUUUGCCCCAUUGUGACAAACUUGGACCAGUGAGGAAGGGGCUAGGGUUCUUUCACUUCAGCUAAUCAAUUAAAGACCUCCUCAAGACCUCUACAUGAUGGUUCUGAGGGGGAGCCGCAACUCCUGCCCACUUUCCUGCUCAGGACUGUUGGACAAAGGGAAUAAAAUUGGGGAUUUGCUUA